GAGGGGAGGCUCCCGUGUCGGAGGCGUUGGGGGAAGCGGGUGCUGUAGGAAAGCGAAGAUCUUGGCUGUACUACACCCUGUGCCAGCAGCGCCCUCUCUCUAAGCGGCAGCCCUCUCUCUAAGCAGCUGUCCUGCGAGCGCCACAUUUCUGAGGGAACCUCAGCGCGGGGAAUUACACAGGUUUUUCUUCCUAUGACGGGACGUCGCUUUAGGCUGGGUGAGGGGAAAGUACGCGCGGUAUCGAGGAGAGGGCUACAAGUCAUUGGAGUUGGUGGCAUCGCUGGAGGGGUACGGCUAGCAACCCAGCUUCACUGGCAACUGGCAGGAAGUAUGGGCACCGCAUAAUAAGGGUAUGGAAUGGAACUUGGUUGCCAUUUAGGGAAGCUCGGGCACGGGAAAGUGUCGGGAAGGCUUUGGCAGCUCUCGCCAGUGGGACAGGAGAAACUGGAAUACAAAGCCCAGAGGGGAGAAGUGGCGCAACACUGAUUUGCAGCAGUGCAGGAACAGAAGGGAAAGCGUUGUGUACAAAGGAACAAACUGGUCCCUGUCAUGGGAACUUCGCCCUCCUAUGUGGGUAUGGGCUCUGUGGGGCUGUUCCUGCUAAACUGUGUCAUUCUGUGCGCCUGCAGCCAGUUGCUUCAGCAACUCCAGUGUGACCCUGAGAAGCAGUAUGAAUCAAAUGGGCGCUGUUGCAGUAAAUGUCAACCAGGUUUUUACAUGACAUCUAAAUGCACUGCGUCUAAGAACACCACUUGCAACCCAUGUGGACCUAAUGAAUAUAUGUCAUCCUGGAAUGAUGAUUACAAAUGCAUUUCUCAUCAUAUAUGUGAUUCAGGCAAAGCUCUGAAGGUGGCUUUUCGUGGAAAUAGCACAUCUCCCAGAAAGUGUGUUUGUGAAAAAGGAUACCACUUUAGUCAAGAUUAUGAAUUCUGUAACGAAAAUACCAAGUGUCCACCCGGCUAUGGAGUGGUUUACACUGUUCAGCGAAAUACUGAUACAAUAUGUGAAACCUGCACAGUAGGAUAUUUCUCAAAUUCCUCUUCUUCAGAUGAGCCAUGCAAACCAUGGACCAACUGUUCAAAACUUGGUCACCCUGAGUUGAAUCCUGGCACUGACCAUUCUGAUGUUGUGUGUGAUCAUCUCCUCAACAAUAAUUGGCAGAGAGCUGUCAUUUUAAUUGUUUUAUUCACAGUGAUUACAAUAGUCAUAUUCACGGCCAUCUACUUUUUGUGCUGUACAAAGUGCCUGAAAGAUCUGAAAGAAAAUCUGGAGCAGUGGGUGAGUGAUUUGUGCCACCGGUUCCAAGAAGCUGAGAAAAAAUCUUCAUGCAAUGUCUGCACAAGAACAAAUAAUUUUGGGCAAGGACAGAUUUCUACCACAUAUGUGGCUGUUGCUGUUUCCAAUGAGAUGGGUUGUGUUGAGGCCCAUGAAGUUCAUAAGCCGCAAAGUGGUACUCCAGGGACAAACUGUGUAAGAGAAUAUGAGGUAAAACAAAGAAGAAGUGGCCCUAUUGAAAGCGAAUACCUAGAAAGGAAGACUGUUGGUGUGGUGGAAACUGAGCAGCUUAUAGAUGGGUCAGCACAUGUGUCCGAUACAACGGAAAGCUUGGUGGGGAAUGAAACCUUCAGUUAUUUUUCCAGUGACCCUGAUCAAAAUUCAUGCCAUUUACACCAUCUGCACAUACAGCAAGAUGCUUGUGAACAAUCUGCCAGAGAGCUUACUGGGAAACAGACUGUUAACAGUAAUUAUGGUAAUUGCAGCAUGAGAGAACCCUUAAGCAGUAGGAAUGGACAUUGCCCACAAUUCAGUCCGUUGCAAUUCAGUGGUUCACCAGGCAUGAAUUUCUUUGAGGAGACAGCUUCUCAAAGCAGUGGGAGCAGUGGUGGAAACACUCCUAUGUCAGAAACACCACCAUUAUCUGGACAAGUUACAGGAAAUAAUAACACAACUGUCAUUUCAAAUGGUUCAGUAAUGAACAUAAAAGCUGAGGUACUUUUAUUGGUCUUAAACCCAAGUUCCCAAGAUGUCCCUACCACGCCCGAUAGCACUGAUGGAAAUAUGGGCAGUCCAGUGCAAGAGGAAAAUCAAUGCCGUUGUGACAGCUUUGUUGCAAACACAGAAAAUCAUGCAGGCAAAUAUACACAAUAUUCUGAUGAUCUUUCAAAUGUUUCUCAAAAUCCAGAAGGUUGGACAUAUAGCACGGACUUUAUACAAGGUAUUUUAAGUCCUCCGCCGGUGCAAGAGGAAGGAAAACCUGAAUAUAGUCUCUGUGGAUCUGGAAUUCUAUGAAGUGAUAUUUUACAAAUUCAAGAAGAUUGUCAGUUGGUCCUUCUACCACAUUUUAAACACACACUCAGUUCAUCCUUUUUAAUUCAUCUGCAGGAUUACCUAGGCUGUGCUGGCAAGAACAGGAUGAGAGAUAAUGGCAUGCACCCAGGAGCUAAGAGGACUUUCUUCUUAUACUGAAAAAGAGCAUUUAUUAAGCUUUGUGAACUUGGGGUUAAAAACUUGGAGAGUCUGUGAAAUAACUUUAGAUCUAAAUACACUUUUUUCCUGUGAUGACAUGUUUUGACAGAGACUGGUUUUGGUGUUGUGGGCCUCGUGUUGUGCAUGGGGAUGGCUGCUGGCUUAUAUGAGGGGUUGCUCAGGAUCAUUUGGGAAUGUUAAUUGGAUUGUUUAACUUCCUUUUUAAUUAAAUGAAUGUUAUGUGCUGUCACAUACUAAACUUUCUAUAUAAAAGAAAUGAGCAACCCAUAAA